UUCAAAAAUUUUUAAAAAAAAGGGAACAUUCAAAAAUGGCAAAGAAAACAAAAUAUUUAGUUGUACGCCUAGUUAGUGUUAUUUCAAAUACCGCCAAAGUAUGGGUUAGAAUGCGAGAAUCACCAGAAUCUAAAGGAAUAUUUUAUGAUCCUGCAGUUGGAAAAGAAGUUUUGUAUGUGGAGAAGGAGCAUAUUAAAGGAAGAGAAUCUUUGCCUCUGAGGGUUAAAGAACGUUUUGGAUUAGAAUAA